UCCUCUUCUCUUUCUAUUUCCUGUCCUUUCGUGUGCUUGCUUCACCGUGCUACCUGCCUCUUUCUCUUGUUUGCUUGUCCAUUGUUGGAUGCUAUUAUCUUCUACUAUCUACUAUUCUUUCAAACUGCACGUCUUUGCGAGUCGCGCAUAUGAUUGCCCUACAAAACCCAGCUUUGCUGCCUCCCGCCAAAGUGGAUAUCUCACUGCUUCUAAAACCUCAAGAUGAGGAGGAAAGAAGCCCCCCGGGAACCAGUACGACCGCAUUUCCAUCGAGAGUAGUGCCUUCAGGCCCGGUACUUCCUCCCAUGUCGAUUGCAUCAUCUCCAGUGUCUGGUCAAUCAGUGCCUCCUCCAUCCAUCACCAAAAUACCCGCCUCCAUCCCGGCCAAACGUCUACAGCCUGCCCAUACGGCCGAAUCGCCUGCUAAGAAGCAAUCAAAAUGGUCUCCCGAAGAAGAUGCAUUGAUCAUCGAGCUGCGUGGAAGUGGGAUGAAGUGGGAGGAUAUCAGCAGGCGGCUUCCCGGCCGGAGCGCCAUUAGUUGCCGUCUACACUACCAGAACUAUCUUGAACGCCGAAGCGAGUGGGAUGAGGAUAAGAAGAAUAAGCUCGCUAGAUUAUACGAAAGAUUCAAGGCCGAAAUGUGGUCCAAGGUGGCAGAAGAGAUGGCAAUUCCAUGGCGGGCCGCAGAAGCGAUGCACUGGCAAUUAGGGGAGCAAGAGAUGGCCCGUCGAGCGGGCGUGGUUCCUUUCUCCCUUUCCAGCACAGCCAUCGAUCCGCCCUCGACUAGAUCACGCCGAACCAGUGGUGCUUCCCUGUCUAGACCGCGAAAGGGGUCAAUGACACGCCCAGCCCCACCACCGCAGCUCCCUUCGGUUGAAGAGCUUACAGCCGGUGUUCCAGCCUAUGCACCGGCUCCACCAUUCCCCCCUACGAGGGAACUAAGUUAUCGAAUGGGUCCAAUGGAUAUGGGUGGCAGUCACGGUGGCCAUUUAGGGCACAGCAUCGGCUUUCCACCUCGAACCAUCCCAUAGGGUCAAAGAAAGAAACAAAAAAGAAAAAAUCGAGAAAAGAAAACAAACGAACGACGUCUGUACGCCCUGGGAGAUCUUUCCCCCCACUUUACGAAUUGCAUAGCGUUGUUUUGAAGAGAUACCUUUAUUUGUGUGGAUAUUGUCUGUCUUUGCCUGUUUGUUUGUCUUUAGAUGAUUCUCCUAUGACUUCCGUCUGUUUCCCUUU